AUGACGCGCGGCAAUCAACGCGAUCUUGCUCGUGAAAAGAACUUGAAAAAUCAGAAAAAUAAAGGCCAUUCAAUAUCGGAAACAGAAGCUAAUAAAGGCCUAUCAUUACAAGAACGUCAAGCACGGGACGCAGCAAAGAUGCGCGAAAAACAGCAGCUAGCGGCACAGAAGAAAGCCGGAGGGAACAACAACGAGCCAGGUGGAGGUGCUGGAGCCGCAGCAAUGAGUCUUGUUUUUCUUCGUCGUCAUAAACAAUUCAUUUUUGGCGUGUCGUCCGCAGCAGGCCUUCUUACCCUUGGCGAUUUUUGUGCACAAUACUUUUACGAAAAACAGAAGUCAAUCGAUCGUACACGUUUAUUUGCUGCCUGUGCUACCGGAACGAGUCUAGGCCUCGAAGGACACGUUUGGUAUACGUUCCUCGAUCGUAUCAUUGCACAACCAACAUGGCAUAACGUCUUCAAAAAAGUCCUACUAGACCAAACCAUCGCCGCACCCAUCUAUACCAUCACUUACAUCCUUGGUACAUCGGUGUUAGAAGGCAGGACCUCGUUCCGAGAAUUGAGAUCAGAUGCAAACGAUAAUUUUCUUCCGCUUUACUUGGCCGACUGUGUCGUAUUUAUACCAGUUCAAAUCAUUAACUUUCGAUAUAUUUCUCCCUAUUAUCGUAUUCCGUUUAUGUUUUCCAUCAGUUUUCUCUUUAAUUUUUUUCUCAAAAAAGCAAUGAACGAACCAGUACAAUUGACUCGUGAGGAAACACGAGUGCUUGACGAUUGUCAACGUGAAUCGUUCAUCUAUCGAAGUGUUCCAUUCGGUGUGUGUUCGUAUUUUCUAACACUCUUGGCAAUGUCGAAAAAUUACAUCACACCGAAAGCCAAAUGGGUGAAACUCGGCGCCGCUGUGUUCGCUGGUUGUAUCUUGGGCAAAAUUUCGUAUACGCCAACGUGCCGACAGAAGAUUCUGAAUGAAAUACCCAACAGUGAUUUAGCAAAAUUAAUUCGAGGUGUGAAAGAUCACGAGGAUACGAAACAGUCACAUCCCGAUAAACAGGCACAUGACCAUUUAGUAUUCGCACCGGAUGCUCAGCAUAUACCUGUUGCUGUAAAUCAAUAUGGUGAUCCAAUUUAUAAGUCGAGUUAA